AUGUCACCGGCGCACAAUCCACAUGAACGCCCCAAUAGCGGGGUCGACGAAGAGGAGGAGGCAGUAAUGCUCGACCCCUCCGACGCAGCAGAGGAGAUCAUCGACGACGGCGACGCCGUGAUGGAUUCUGGGUCCGACGAUGAUGAAGCAGGGGGAGAAGGCGAGGAUGAAAUAAUGCAAGAACUACAACUAGAAAACGACUCCUCGGCCUAUUUCGACAAGUACAAAGACAGCAUCUUCACCAUCGCCCAACACCCUGUACACCCUCACAUAAUCGCCACAGGAGGCAGCGAAGGCGAAGAUGCUGGAGGCAUAGGAUACAUUUUCGACUCUACGCCCACGGAUGAUGCGACGCCUGUACUGCCGGCAUCGUAUCAGGUCCCGCCGACGGAGCCGCAGGAGAGGAAAGGAUUAGAGCCGCUAUUUACGCUGGAAGGACAUACAGAUUCGAUCAACGCCCUCACAUUUACACUUCCCGCGGGGCAAUUCCUUAUAUCAGGCGGUCUGGACGGGAAACUACGCACAUACGUCGCAGCGCCGAAACAGCAAAGCCGCUCUUGGAGCUUCCUCGGCGAGGCGCAAGAAGUCGAGGAGAUAAACUGGCUCGCUGCAUGCCCAAACCCAGCAUUCCCAAAUACAUUCGCCCUCGGUGCAAAUGAUGGCUCUGUUUGGGUAUACACCGUCAGCACCGAUGCUUCAGCACCUCUUCAAAUCGUUCAAUCCUACUUCCUGCAUACGGAGUCCUGCACGGCAGGCGCGUGGACCUCGGACGGGAAACUCCUCGCUACAGUGAGCGAAGACGGGUCUUUAUACGUAUGGGAUGUUUUCGGGGAGGCUUCUGCGGCGGGUUUCACGCAGGAUGGUGGACAAACCGUCGUUGGACUCACGAAUCACGAUCAGCGAUUCGCUGUCGAAGGCGGUUUAUACAGUGUUGCGAUUGAGCCUGCGACCGGGGCUUUUGUCGUAGUAGGUGGUGCCGGCGGAGCUCUUAAGGUCGUCGGCCUACCUCGACUUGGCUCUGCUGCAUCAGCUGCGGGCGGGAAGGCAAAAGGUGGCAAGCAAGCAGCUGUGAAACCUUCUCUUGGACAGUCCGGGCAAAUACUAGCGGAUCUGCAAGCGCAGACUGAUGGUAUUGAAACACUUGCUUUUGCUCCUCCACCCUUGACGUUGCUAGCUGCUGGCAGCGUGGAUGGUUCUAUUGCGCUAUUCGAUUCGGCUCACCGAUUUGCCGUUCGGCGGCUUAUCAAAGAGGCGCAUGAGGAGUUCAGUGUUGUGAAAGUUGAGUUUGUGAAGAAUGCACGGUCAGGAGGGUGGCUGUUGACAAGUUGUGGGAUGGAUGGUGUGGUUAGGAGGUGGGAUACUCGGGGAGGGACCGGGAUGGCGAAUUCGGGAUUUGUGAAGGAGUGGAGGGGGCAUAGGGGCGAUGGGGAGGGUGGUGGUGUUUUAGGUUUUGUGCAGGGCAAUGGCGAGAGGAUUGUUACCGCAGGGGAUGAUGGGGUUUCGUUGGUCUUUGAAGCCCCUAUUGCGUGA